CUAAAUUGUCCGUAUAGCACAUCGACGGAGCCUCGCCUAUUCUUUAUCUCGAUCUUUCCAAUAAACUGCAAGACCAUAAAAUGAUACCUCAGCUCACUAUCAUAUGCGGGUAUCUCUUUUAGGAAUAUGGUGGCUAUGCGCCACAUACCAGGCACACAAAUCAGACUGCGGUAGUUUAAGUAGGUAUCCAGUUGAAAAGAACCACCCGAGAAUACAAUAUAUCUCGAGUAGGGAUAGGCGUAGCACGGUCACAUUUGUGGUUGGUAGUAUUCACUACCUCACACCAAUAACAUUCAGUCGACGCCAACAACAUCGAAUGAUAUUUCCGACAAUAGCUAACCAUACAUCGUAGAUUUCAUAAUGUUAACGUACCGCCAGACUCUAGCCUGGUGGCUUCUUGCCAGAAAUAAUCCGCUUUGAACCGCCGGUAAGCAGUCUCGAUUCUAUCACGUCGAG